UCAAAAAAUGUCGGUUUGUGGUGGGCAGGUACAAGUGAACUGCACAAUCCAUUUACAACGUUUUAUUUUCAUUAUUUUCUUAAAUUAUGUGUAUAUUUUGACAAAUUAUUUAGGCUUGAGUUAAUCAAUAUGUAUUCAGUUAUAAUAUUUUAUUGAUAAUUACUAGUUUUACGACAUUAUGCGUGAUUAAACAUUGCGGGAUUCACUCGUUCUUGUGGGUCGUCUGAAAAUGUUGACAUAAAAAAAUAUAAUAGUGCAGGGUUGAACUCCGUCUUCCUGACCUAAACAGUUCCGAAGGAAGAUGUGCGACAAAGCAAAUCCAAUCCGAUUGGAUCAGGAAAUAGCUGACCGAUUGCAAAAUGAACACCCGGAACAAUUUCUUACGCUAGUCAGGAUGCACUUAUCGUUCGAGCUGGAUUUGAACACAGAUACCGAAAAUGAUCCUGCUAGCUUGGAGAAGGUAAAAGUAAAGAAAUGGAAAGGAUUUCACAAAAAGGCUCGAGGAUGUGCAUCUACCAAGUCCAACUCGCCGGAAACGGCCAAAACCGUCCUUACCGCACAGAACAUACGGGACGUCAGGCAGCUAAUAGAUUUCCUCGUACAGGAGAAAAACAUAUCCCAGGAAGGAAUUUUCCGUAAAACUGGUUCACUGCAACGACAAAGCGAACUAAAAAAUGCUCUGCUUCACGGAGUUCCGAUCAAUUUGGAGAAAGGAGACUUCACGGCUCAUGACUGUGCUAGCGUUUUGAAAAACUUUCUGGCUGAUCUCUCCGAGCCGCUCCUGACAGAGCAUUACUAUCCAGCAUACUGCCAAGUGGCGGAUUUUUGUCAAUCAAAAGAUUCGGCGGCUUUUCGCGAAGAACGAUUGCUUCAUGUUAUACAGCUUUUGGUGCUCUUGCUUCCGAAGGAGAAUAAUAAGCUGUUGCAGUGUAUAAUAGACAUGUUGUAUAAAACCGUGCAGCAUGAAAGCACCAACAAAAUGUCGGCGGAUAAUUUAGCCACCGUCUUUACGCCUCACCUAAUCUGUCCUCGGAAACUAUCGCCCGAAGCUCUGCAUGCCACUACCCAGCAAAUGUUCGGUAUUAUCAGUUUUAUGAUCAAAACGGGGCCACGGUUGUUCCAUAUCCCACCCAAGCUGGCGACUGACAUUCGAGCCUAUUUCGUAGAGCGAAAGCGACGAAAAACCAUGUCCCCGGAGCACAUAUUGAACGAAUCGGUCACAUCCGAUUCAGUGGCCAACACGGUCUACACUUUCGUUGAUCGGGAGAAAACGGCAGAAGCCCACGUCAUGAACUCAACCGAUACUGCGCUGGCCCAACUCUAUGCGCAUAUUCAAAGCCUUCCGGAAUCUUCAAAAAAGAAGAAACUCAUCAAACAGUUCAAUCGGGAGAAUGGACACGGCACCCCGCUGCAGGUGCUCAUGCUGAGAGAGAAAAGCUCCAGUGGUUCCAGUAACAAGAUGGUGAAAUCUUUCGGCGAUUCGAUCAAACGGCACAUUUUCCACAAACAUCCGAUAUCGAAAACUCCGAAACGAAACAGCCACACUCCCGUCAGUAUACAGACACCAAACGGAUCAAUCCCACAUAUUCCCAAACAAAGAGUGCUGUUUCAAAGUCCACUGCCCACAGCAGUAGAUUCUCCGGCGUUGCUAGGAAAACGAUCUUCUUCUACAUCAACCACGUCUUCGUCGGCCUCGUCUACAGAGUGUAUCGCCUCAAGUUCAUGUUCGCCUGCGUUGUCGUCCUUCGUCAAACGAAGUAAUAGUUCCACGUCUAGCGCGUCAGUGGAAUCCUAUCGAUGCACUACCAAAGAACCCACGGUUUUACUGGAAUCCGUUGAACCGGAUGGUGAUGGUUACGGGACCAAGCGAUUUCGACUGAAUUCGGACGAUGAACCUCCACCACCCGAAGACGAUGAGGAUUUUGUUGAACAGGAAGACGAUGAUAUCGGUGACGAUGAAGACGAUGACAGUCCCGAGCAUCGCGAUGAAUGCAGAACUCUCAGUGACAAUGAAGAAGACCGAUACUGUUCACCGAGCGCUGCUGGAAGUUUGAGUGAUAGCCGGUCAAAGUACAGGUCUGAACCAAACUUAAGCACCAUAGUACAGGAAGAUUGUUCGAAUCGCGGCGGCAAGGAGAAGAAAAUGUCUUUUUUGAAAAAUAAGCUCAUCAAAGGUGUAUCGAUGGGCAGCCUUCGAUUACCAUUUGGACACGAUCAGCGAUCGGGUAAAAAGUACACGUCGACGUCUUUGCUCAAGUGUUGCUUCGAAGAUAACUUGAAAAGUGCAAGAAAAUCGAUAGAGCUUAGCGAGGACUGCCGACUAGUCGGAGUUUCCCCGCUACUCAGCAGAACGAAAUUAUGUUCCAAUGGAGACAAUGAUCAGAUUGAUAUGGUUAACGAAAACAACGCAAACCUUGAGGUCAAUGCAUGGAAUGUUGGAUACCUGGCGAGUACACCGGCGCUAAACGGCAGAAACUCGAUGUCACCGAUUACCAAAUCAACGCAACGGAUGCCGAAAUCGAUGCAGGAAUCGAUCAUGACGCCACGCUCCCGUAAACCGGUAAUGCUGCUAGCAGGCCUGAACCCUGCUGACCAGCAACACACAACCUACACCAGUCAUUCGAGUUUUUCAAGUUUGCGAGAGGAAGAUGAAGAUGAUGCUACGACGGAACCGGCAAUGAAACCAUAUCCACUAACCGAUAACACACCUCCAGAUGGAGGCACUCCGCCCGACACCAGUAGCGGUUUGUUUCCAAAAGACGAAAUCUCUACCGCGGGAUGUGUCGUUGGUUUGAUAGGACAAGGUACGGAUGAAGAAGGGAGUUCUCUGACAAGUACAUUCAGGGACUAUCUUUUGAGCCGUAGCGUUAUGACAGACAGUCCCGCAGAUUUGUCGUUUUCCAGCCAGUCGAAUGACUUCGACUCCGAUGCUGAUUUGGAGCAUUUGAGUGAGUCAAAAAUGAGCGAAAGUCUUCUGUUUUGUAUGAAUGGAAAUGAGCCUGAGGAGAAGGAUGAAACCCUUAUUGGUUCACGAUGCCAUGGAGUGGACAUCGUGACAAAAGAUGGCAACAAAUUAUUGGAAGAUAGCGCACUACUCAACAAAUCGGAGUUAGACGAAACGUCCCUAUAAUGGGAUGUUGCUAUCAGAAAAAAAAAUGGACAAAUGCUGGAGGUUAUUUUAGUUAUUCAGCAAGUAAUCAAAUAUAUAAAAAUACUUAAAUCUAAUAACAUUUUUUGGUAGCAAUGCGAUACAUUAUAUUCCGAAAUGUUCCCUCAAUAUGAAUAAUUUUGACAAAUCGCUUACCGUGAGGUGACCUAGUUUCUAUUAUUGUAUUAACCCUUUCCUUCCCACGAUUUUGAACGACUAUUCCUAUGCCAAGAAUGCGUUUCCAAAAAAGUGCUUGAACAAAAGUUACUGCAAAUCAGCCAAAUUAUUCGAAAUCAACGAAAAAAAAUAUCUAGUUUUAAAUCAAUAGUAUUUUGAUUGUUUAUUACUAGUUCCACUAUUGAAACAAGUAUAGUUGGCUGUUGGGUUUACCUAAUGAGAUUACAAUCAUAUUCUAAAAAUAAUUGCAUCAUGUUCAUCUGACUCCGUUUGUCUCGAGUUCGUCGAAAAUCGAUAGUGCAUCAUCAAAAUUUCGCUAUAGGCAAUCAUAAAACUACAAUUGAUCUCCAUUCCAUUUGACGAAGAAGACAUAGAAAAUUGUACGUACGUCAAAUUCAAAAAUAAAUUGCAAAUAUCAGAUGCCAUAUCUGGAGGUAUCUACAUGAAAAUCAACAGUCAUAGAAGUGAAGAUGAUUUUCGAUCUCUGGUAAGAGUACCUACAUAUACCAAAUUACGCAGCACAUUUUUGAAAGUCGACUCUUUUUACUAGAACAACCCUGUAUGGAAUGAGCAUUUUGUCUCAUAUAAUGAAAAAAAAAAACUACAGAUUGCAUAACAAGCAGGCGUGCCAUGAUGGAUUGACACUGUGCUAUGAAAUUGGGAAGAAGAGCUUUUUCAAUUCGAUAGACAUAUAAAAGGUAGGAGGAACACACGGGUCAGGCAUUGAACACAAAACAUUUUGCAUACGAAUCAGAAAUGAUAGGCACUAGACUACCUAGCCUAGGCCAUCUUUCACCUGAUUAGGACAUUGAUAUUAAAUUUUAAAAUACAACACCACUUGUCUACCACAUACAGUCUAGACUCCUACUACACGGCUUCCGUCUACACGGUCACCUAUUACACGGAUUCCUAUUACACGGCAGUCCGUGUUGUGGGAAUCACAGAGCUUAUGGGAUUUCGCCUAAUUGGGGGUGUGAGCGAAUAUCUCAGGCGUAUUACAAGAUAGCACCAUACUUUUUUCGGCAAAGUUGUAGUACUAGAAUAGAUCUUCCAAACAAUACCAACUAUCAUCCAAUUAGUUGGCAAAUUGGCCGAUAGAGGCGCUAUGUAGAAGUGGUUGCUAUGUACACUCGCCAGUAGAAGCACUCAUAAAUUAUCACAUGCGAUAUCUCAAGAUCUACUUUAUUUGGAACAAUGCUGUCUUCGGCAAAGUUGUUCAGUAGGUCAAAAACAAUCUGGUGAUUCAACAAUUAGUUUGUGAUUUCAUCGCAAGGUGGCGCUAGUUGUCAACUAAAAUUUCAAACUCCGCUAUCUCGAGAUCCAGAGCAGAUAGAAAAGCGCCGUCUUCGGCAAAGUUCUUCAGGAAGUCAAGAGCAAUCUGGUGAUUCAACAAUUAGUUUGUGAUUUUGCCGCUAGGUGGCGCUAGUUGUCAACUAAAAUUUCAAACUUCUCUAUCUGGAGAUCCAGAGCAGAUAGAAGAGAGUCGCUUCGGCAAAGUUCUUCAGGAAGUGAAGAGCUAUCUGGUGAUUCAACAAUUAGUUGAUGAUUUCGCCGCUAGGUGGUGCUAGUUGUCAACUAAAAUUUCGAACUCCGCUAUCUCGAGAUCCAGAGCAGAUAGAAAAGUGUCGCCUUCGGCAAAGUUCUUCAGAAAGUCAAGAACAAUCUGAUGAUUCAACAAUUAGUUGGUGAUUUCGCCGCUAGGUGGCGCCAGUCGCGAAGCAACAUUUUAAACUUCUCUAGCUUGGGAUCCAGAGCAGAUAGAAGAGGGUCGUCUUUGGCAAAGUUCUUCAGGAAGCCAAGAGCUAUCUGGUGAUUCAACAUCUAGUUGGUGAUUUCGCCGCCAGGUGGCGCUAGUUGUCAAGUAAAGUUUCAUACAUCUAUAUCCCGGGAAACAAGAGCAGAUAUAAAAUUGUCAUCUACGGCAAAGUCCUUCAGGGGUCGUUCAUAAACCACUAGGACCCGAAUUCAGUCAUCUCAGUCUCAGACCCCCUCCCCCUCGUAGACUUUUGUCUAAACAAAACAAAAUGAAAUUUGUAUGGAUCGUAGACUUUAGCUAGAACCCACUGCCCUGCCCCCAAAAAGUCUACGUGGUUCAUAAACGGGCCCUCAGGAAGUCAAGAGCAAUCUGGUGAUUCAACAAUUAAUUUGUGAUUUCGCCGCUAGGUGGCGCUAGUUGUCAAGUAAAAGUUGAAACUUCUUCACCUCGGGAUCCAGAGCAGAUAGAAAAGUGUUGUCUUCGGCAAAGUUAUUCAAGAAGUCAAGAGAAAUCUGGUGAUUCAACAAUUAGUUGGUGAUUUCGCCGCUAGGUGGCGUAAGUCGUCAAGUAAUGUUUCAAAUUUCUUUUUCUGAAUAUCUACUGCAAAUAGAAAAGUGUCGUCUUUGGAAAAGUUCUUCAGGAAGUCAAAAUCUAUAUGGUUAUUUAACAUCAAGUUGGCGAUUUUGUCGCAAGGUGGCGCUAGCUGUCAAGUAAUGUUUAACACUUCACUAACGCGGAAUCCAGAGCAGAUAGAAGAAGGUCAUCUCCGGCAAAGUUCUUCAGGAAGUCAAGGGCUACCUGAUGAUUCAACAGUUAAUUGGUGUUUUCGCCGCUAGGAUAAUUAAAAAAUCCCCUAAAAUUGGUAAUGAAAUGAAAAAAAAUACAGUAUUCGCCUAAGUGCGAACAUACAGUCGAACCUCCAUGAGUCGAUGUUCCAUGAGUCGAUAUUUUCCAUGAUUCCUUUGCUCAAUGAUACUUUCAAGACCACAACUGAUUGAAGUACGGUGCGUGAAGUUUUGAUUUUCGGUUUCACAUUUAGCUCAUUUAAAUUCUGAAGUUCAUUCCGGGAAAUAACUGAUUCAAAGAGACACUGGUCGACCCCGGGAGUAAUGUGUGAUCCUCGGAAGAACCAGUCUUGACCCCAAGUUACGGCGUUGUUUUGAUCAACCAGCGAUUCUCAGGAUCUCAAACAACAAAGAUCUUCCGUUGUCGCCAAAUUUACUAAAAUUCGGGCAUAUAACUCAGCUUAAAAAAAGUUCUCCUAUGUCAUUACAUGCAGCCGAACCACAAAUAGCCAAAUUUCAAAACCGGACGUCACAAUUCCCAGUGUGCUAUAGCUCUUCUGGAGUACGAGUUUUGUUUGUUAUGCAACUUCGUAGAAUUUUGAAUAUUGUCGCACCCUAUGCCACGGAAUUAUCCCUUAUUUAAUUCCUGUGAUCAGCAGACAAUCAUAUUUCUUAUUAUUCAAAUUAAAAAAAAAGUUUUUGAAAUAUUUUCCAUGAGUCGAUAUUCCCAUGAGUCGAUGGUUCCUUCGAUAUCGACUCAUUGAGGUUUGACUGUAUAAGUUAGAUGAAGCUAGAUAAAUAUAUAUGCUUGAAUAUUAUAUGUAUAAGCUAGAUAAAGUUGGAUAAAAAUAUGAUUUUAAUUAAAACAGUCUACACGUCAGUUGAGACAAAUUUCAUCUUUCCUCUUCAUAUCUUUGGCGGAUCGACUGGCGGAUUAAUCUACGAUUCACAGCUACGCAGUGUUUUGAUUUAGGGAAACGAGGUUUAUUAUGUACCCGACGUUUCAACACUGUUUUUUUUUUGUCAUCUCUAGGGGUAACUAAUUUUUCGCUUUUGGUCUUAUGUUCCGUCUAACUGUAGCUGUCUUGUCAGGUUGUUGUUGGACAUGACUGAUUUGGUUUGUCUAGUUUUGAAACGAAUUAUACGCAUUUAAUUCUAAUCUGCUUCGUUUUUACAAAUUAAAAGACUGCGUAGUCGAUAAAAUCGAAGAUUUCCUUUGCCUAAAAACCCUGCGUACGUUGGAAUUCUUUAGUAUACAUUUACAACGACGUAUCUAAAGACACUCUUCUAUCUGCUUUGGGUACUCAGAUAGCCAACUUGCCAGACCUAGCGAUUAAAGCAUUAACUAAUUGUUGAAACUCCAGAUUGCUCUUGACUUUCUGAAGAACUUUGCCGAAGACGACAUUUUUCUAUCUGCUCUGGAUCCUGAGGUAGAGAAGUCUGAAAUUUAACUUGACAAUUAGCGCCACAUAGCGGCGAAAUCACAAACUAAUUGUUGUAUCACCAGAUUGCUCAUGACUCUUUGAAGAACUUUGCCGAAGACGGCACUUUUUAUCUGCUCUGGAUCUCGAGAUAGCGGAGUUAGAAGCUUCAUUUGACAACUAUCGCUACCUAGCGGCAAAAUCACCAACUAAUUGUUGAAUCACUAGAUUGCUCUUGACUUAUUGAAGAACUUUGCCGAAGAUGGCACUUUUCUAUCUGCUAUGGAUCUCGAAAUAGCGGAGUUUGAAACUUUACUCGACAACUAGCGCCACCUAGCGGCAAAAUCACCAACUAAUUGUUGAAUCACCAUAUUGCUUUUGACUUCCUGAAGAAAUUUGCCGAAGACGGCGCUUUUCUAUCUGCUCUGGAUCUCGAGAUAGCGGAGUUUGAAAUUUUGGUUGACAACUAGCGCCACCUGGCGGUGAAAUCACCAACUAAUUGUUAAAUCACCAGAUAACUCUUGACUUCCUGAAGAACUUUGCCGAAGACGACACUUUUCUAUCUGCUCUGGAUCUCGAGAUAGCGGAGUUUGAAGCUUUACUUGACAACUAGCGCCACCUAGCGGCGAAAUCACCAACUAUUUGUUGAAUCACCAGAUAACUCUUGACUUCCUGAAGAACUUUGCCGAAGAUGGCGCUUUUCUAUCUGCUCUGGAUCUCGAGAUAGCGGAGUUUGAAAUUUUAGUUGACAACUAGCGCCACCUAGCGGCGAAAUCACAAACUAAUUGUUGAAUCACCAGAUUGUUUUUGACCUACUGAACAACUUUGCCGAAGACAGCAUUGUUCCAAAUAAAGUAGAUCUUGAGAUAUCGCAUGUGAUAACUUAU